CUAGCUCCUGCUAACAGAGCCGGCCACAAAACAGCCGCUUCCGCACUGCUUCCUUGUUUAUUAGUUUCAGGAAAAAGGUGUUUUAUCCAAAUAGAAAAAAACUUGUAUUUCCUCUCACAGGAAAACCGAGAGAGGUCCCUCGCAGGUUUCCCGGGCCUCCUCCCACCCAACCCGAAGUCUUCUCUCUGCCGAGGAGACACUGGAGAUCUGAGCUUCACCUUGAACUAGUGUUGAGUUCAGUGACUGCUCUGAAUGGCCACAGCUGCAGAGGAGCCUCCAGGGCUGCAGGGCCAAGCUGGCAAUUCGACUGGGCCUCGUAAAAAUGUGAAUCCAGAGGGUCCAAGCACGACCAUGACUCAGGCCCAGAAAAAAACAAUCGGCCAUCGUGGAAUUGAUCCCACCGGAGAGACCACGUACAAGAAGACGACCUCAUCGGCCCUGAAAGGUGCUAUCCAGUUAGGCAUCACUUACACGGUGGGCAGCUUGAGCCAAAAACCUGAGAGAGAUGUCCUGCUGCAGGAUUUUGAGGUGGUGGAAAGCAUCUUCUUCCCUUGUGAGGGCAGUAACCUAACACCAGCGCACCACUAUGGCGACUUCAGGUUCAAAACAUACGCCCCUAUCGCUUUUCGCUACUUCAGAGAGAUGUUUGGCAUCCGGCCUGAUGACUACAUGUAUUCUCUGUGUAACGACCCACUGAUUGAGCUGUCGAACUCUGGAGCCAGUGGAUCUCUUUUUUACGUCUCCAGUGAUGAUGAAUACAUCAUUAAGACAGUGCAGCACAAAGAGGCUGAAUUCUUGCAGAAACUGCUGCCAGGAUACUUUAUGAACCUGAACCAGAACAAGCGCACCUUAUUACCAAAGUUCUAUGGACUCUACUGUGUCCAGGCAGCAGGUAAAAACAUACGUAUUGCAGUUAUGAACAAUUUGCUCCCGAGUGCAGUGAAAAUGCACCUCAAGUUUGAUCUGAAGGGCUCCACCUAUAAGCGACGGGCCUCAGCUAAAGAGAAGGGCAAGUCUGUGCCCACAUACAAGGACCUGGACUUCAUUCAGGACAUGCCUGAUGCGCUGUUACUGGAGGCGGACAAAUACAGUGGUGUUUGCAGGACCAUUCAGAGAGACUGUCUGCUCUUGCAGAGUUUCAAGAUAAUGGACUACAGCCUCCUGGUCGGAGUCCACAAUGUAGAUCUGGCCUGUCGAGAGCAGCUGAGCGAAGAGGCUGGGGCCGCGGCCAUGGAUCAGCGGAGGCCACUAGGCCAAAAGUCCCUGUACAGCACGGCUAUAGAGGCCAUCCAGGCCGAGUCGGGGAGCAUGGGAUCACUGGACACAGAGGACAAAACUGGAGGAAUACCAGCAAGGAACUUAAAAGGCGAGAGGCUGCUGGUGUACAUUGGUAUCAUUGACAUUUUGCAGUCCUACAGAUUUGCGAAGAUGCUUGAGCACUCAUGGAAAGCUCUGGUUCACGAUGGGGAUACUGUGUCAGUGCACAGACCAGGCUUUUACGCAGAGCGAUUUCAGAAGUUCAUGUGCAGCGUAGUCUUCAGGAAGAUCCCAUUGAAGACCUCCCCAUCUAAAAAGCGGCGUGCAGUGACCCAUGUUCCUAUGAGAAAACCAGCUGGAUCUGGGCCUUUUUUCACGUCACAAACCAGCAGCAGCAGCCAGUCAGCUUUCUUCCAACGUCAAGUCAGCUCUGACACCAGAGACGACACUGAUGGAGACAAUUUCAUGCCGUCAGGUCGUCCUGACCUCCUCCCUAAGGCCUCCCCACCCAGCAAUGCUGCUGGCAACGCUGCCGAUACCACAUUCUCCUCGUGCUCCUCCUCCUUGGGAAACCCUGGUUUCACUCCCACAACCCAGCCUGUGACUCACUCCCAAGACACAUGCAGGUCAGUCGGAGUGGAUUUAAACAGCAUGUUGAGUAAAGCUAUGCAGCGCAGCACCCCCAAGAGAGCUCCGUCUUCGUCGCUUGAAGAAAGUUUUGAUACUGAGGGUGAUAUCUCUCUCAGUGACGUAACUCUAAACACAAGCAAAUGUUCUGUAUAAAUGCGGGGAAAAGAACGAGAUUGAAAUAAAUCCGGAACAAGCUUGGAGGAUGUUAUGAACAUGGAUGAAAUGUUACAACGCCCCUUGGUGGGAUUUGAGGUACCUAAACUGGAAAAGGGGGGGAACAAAUGGGAUAUUUUUGUUAAUACUUUUGCACUUUUCCAAAUCUCAACAUGGGAGGAGCAUGUUAGUAUCUGGUCAUGUUCUGACACUAAUAAUUGUUGGUAUAUUAAUGCUCUGGUUAUUGAAUGCUAUUCUUCUUCUAAUGAAAUGAGAAAUGCCUCAACCAAAGAUGGUUCAUGGCACAGAUAUGCUCAACUAAGCCAAUGUACGGUGUAGAGUUUAACUCGAGGAUUUAUUUGAGAACAUGAUUUCCUUAUUUAAUCCCAGUUAUUUCAUAUUCAUUAUCUAGUUUGGGGAAUCGAUUCCUCAUUUGUAUUUACCACAUUGUUGCAGAACAUCCUAAUGCAUACCUGACUCUUUACGAGAAUAAAGACCAGAAUGCUGUUCCUACCAUAUGUUUGAUCCAUGUUCAUGUUUUUCAAUGUACUCUUAAUGCAAAUUGUGCUGGAAAAGAUCUGUGAUCCUCAACCUGCAGUUUUUAACGGACCUGUUCUUCUGUCGAGACUGUGAUUCCUAAAUGUCAUCUCUCGUGUUCUGAUCAGACUGUUAUUUUUACUUUUAAAGGACAUUUUUUUAGAUACUUCUACACGGUACGAUCUGAUUUCAGUCUCAGGUUAAGUGUGUAGACGGUUUAAUGACCAAAUGUGACCCACAAACUGAUUCUCGGAUGACUGUGGACAAAGUACCACAACAAACAGAGACAUUGUGCCUGUCUCAUGAAUUACCGAGUUUAGUCAGCUAGGAGCGAACUUCGUCUUCUCAUUUAGUGGUUGCCAUAGUAACUAAUGCCUCUGACCAACCCUGGAAAGAGCAGUUAGAAACAAGAGACCGACAACCUCACUAAUCAAGUGCCAAAGAGCACAGGACGACUUUAUUACAAAUUCGCGUUACAAUCACUUUGUUUUAUUUUCAUUAUUAUGAUACCGGAAAUGUAUGUAUUAAUAGGAAGUGUUUACAGUACAAACAGUGCCCCACGCUGGCAAACAAAUGGUACCAGCAGGGCAUAGCUAGUUAGGGGCAGUGCUUAAUAUUCAUCUAACAAACUAACAACUCAAGUGCAUAUAACAGGGAGACACUGUCAUUGAUGCACGAUACCAGGCAUUAAGACAAACCAGCAGCAGUUUCAGAUCUGCAGAUAAAGACAAGAUGCUGAUGUUCAGGAAAAUAGAUAGCUUGAGCAGUUCAGACACAGCUGCCACCUUUAAGCCAGUGAGAUUUUAGCUACUGUUGUUUUUAACAUCACAACAUAUGUUCCAGGACAACGUAGAAAGAUUAACACAAGUGUUAAUGUCAGUUCUCAGUUCUACGACUUAGCAAGUGUCGUCCUAAUCUGAGUUUAUCUGUCCAAAACAACCAGGGUGGUAAGAGAUAUAACUGUGCUUCUGGAUAUUUGAUCAAUACACUUGGGUGGCACUGCGUUUUUUUCACUAUUUACUGUCACCGGCUGCUAAAAGUAAAAAAAACUAUGCAUUAAGUAAAUAUAUCAUGGAUUAUACACUUGUUACAUUCCACUCAAGGCUGCAGAUAGCCUAGAGAUGAAAAGCCUAUACAUUUUCACACUGAUUUAUUAAAUAUUGCCUUUAUUGUUUGAUUGUGAUUUAUACCUCUUCCUCCUUUUUGUAUUCAUGUGAUGUAUUUAGUAUUUUCUAAACAUUACUCACAGUUUUUUUUUUUUUUUUAUUACAGUGUUUAUAGAAAAUGUCUUGUUGAAUUUUCCACACAGUAACAGAUAUUUUCAGCUUGUCUCUUAUUAAAUUCCCUGUUGUUUAUUUGCUGCAUGUGAUUGGCUUGUCAUGUGUCAUGUGUACUGUGUCAUGUGCACAAGCUCACAGGUGGACCGGUGAACUCAUGGUUAACACAGCCGGUUGUGUGAGCAUUGUGAGAUGGGUUUUCUAGAAUCACAAAUGUGUUGUGACAACUUAGAUUUGUUUUCACUUGGAAUAUGUGGUGAUGGCUGCCUGAGGGUUGAAAAGGAAACAAGGCAAAACUGUUUGUCUGCAUUUUUGUAAAUUAAAACUGAUAGAAUUACUGUUGGUGAUCUAAAAACUGUUUUGUGCAGUGUUUUGACAUGACCUGAUGGUUUGGUAACUUUAACCAUACUGUGUGUAUAUGUGAAUGAAUAUACUGUGCAAUACUUUACGUGAAUUGACAAUUUUCCAACUGAGAUGUGAUAAAUAAACAUCAUUUGGGCAUUUUCAUUCAACCUUUAAAUUGUACGUAUGAGUCGUUUUUUUCCCUCUGGCUGACACAUGAAACCGUCUCAAAAUGCUCACUCCCAACAUUGAAAGUGAAACUGUGCCUUAUGAAUAAACAUGCAGCCCAUAAACCAAAUAUGUUCAUAUUUAUCAUAGUAUUUAUUACUACAUGUAUUUCUCUGGAUUCCAAAAUGUGUAUUAAUGGUGGAGAUGGAUUGAAAAUGCACCUUUUCUUAAGCACAACAACCCUGUGACUGAGACAUUCAAUGUCAAAGUGUAAACACUUUGUGAUGAUUAUGGUUAUCUUAACAAUUAGGGAAUCUUCCUGCAUCAUUUUCUCAUACACUUUUGAAUUGCUACGCUAUAAAUGUGUGCACGUCUGUAAACGGGGACCAGAGCAGUGCCUUUUCACAGAUUAUGAAAUUACACGUUUCCUUGCUCUUUUGGUGGGUGUCAUGUUUUUGUACAGUUAUACCUGAAGUUAUUAAAGAAAAAGAAAACCC